AUGAACAAGGCGCAGGUUUCAAGUGAUCAACAACAGCUAGUAGGCAGCAAGGGCAAGCGCAAGACAAGUCUUAUGGAUGAUCUCUCCUCGAUAGAUGAAGAAGGCACAGGCUCCGGAGUUGAAGAAGAAACGACAGAGAUACACGAGACAACCGACCGUGAACAUGCAAUAGAUGAAGAAGGUGCGGGCAUUGUGAAACGUGACACACCUGGCAUUGAGAAAGCAGCAGCAGGCUCCGGAUUUGAAGGUGCAAUGGUUAAGAUAGAUAUGACACCCAAUAUUGAAAAGAGAAUCAAAAGAGAUGAACAAAAAGAAAUUGAAAAAGCAGGUGCAUAUAUCAUUAAGAAACGCAGAAAAUUUCUAGGUGAUCAACAACAGCUAGUAGGCAGCAAGGGCAAGCCCAAGACAAGUCUUAUGGAUGAUCUCUCCUCGAUAAUCAGUGCAUUGCUCAUCCCUAGAUAUACCCCAGGAGAAACGAGUGCCUUUCGCUUUCUUCAUACUCGGUGCACACGUAGUAGAAAACUUCCCCGAGAGUGGAAAUGUUUGAUGGCAUACCAUCGCCUAGCAUGGAAUAUUUUGUCUCUAACCCCCGACAGUAUCAACAGAGUGGAAGGAUGGCAGGUUCAACUUAUUGCAUGGAUUUUCGUUUGCUGGGAGUGGAGGGACCUCAUAACAAUUCUUAUUAAAGAUUGGAACAAGCUUAAGGUUUUAAGAAAUUGGAAAGCUAAAGAGGGGCCUUCUCUGAGAGAGAUUGUUGAGCAUUAUAUCGAUGAGAGGUGGCCAGCUGACAAGGAGAGCGAGAAUUUUCGGGGAAACGAGAAGAGCGCCACAAAAAAGGAGGAUGAUGCCACUGAAAAAGAGGAGAAGACAAGUGGGAACAUGAUAACAAUUUCCAGCGAGGACACAGAGGGAGAUGAUUAUCUAAAAAAGAUUUUGAAAGAGCAGAAGGAGAUGAGGGAAGCUCUAGCAAAGGUUCAGGAAGAUAUGAGGGAAGCUCUAAGAAAGGUUCAGGAGGAUAUGAGGGAGAUGAGGGAAAUGGUCAAGAAUAAAGUAUUCAAAGGGGAAGAACACAACAAAGGAGAAAGCUCUCAACCACAGGGCACAACAGUAGAAGACAUGGAAGGACAAAACACAGUGCAACAGUACACAACUGCUGAGGAGCGAGAAGAAUGGAAUAAGUUGAGAGACGCAUUGCGGCGAUACAAUGUUUCAAUGGAUGGCUUUCAAGCCUUCCAAAAAUUUAGGUUUUACUGCCAGCCUGGACAUCUUCCAUGGCCAUUGCCCGAACAAGCCUAAAACUCACCUGCCAUGCAAGGCAUU